GUCGACAUGACGAUCUCUGUCGCUGUGGUCGCCAUCUUGCUGGCGUCCGCUUUCUCCGGCGUACUGUGCCUUGGGUGUGUACCUGGAUCUAACGCAUGGAUAGACUGCAACUUCUGUAUCUGCACAGGCCAGGGCAAGUGGGGCUGCACUCUAAUGUCUUGCAGAGUGGGACCUUGUAAACCUGGGUCGGUGAUAAGGGAAGGGUGCCAGAUUUGCGUCUGCUCCGGAAGUGGUGAAUGGACGUGCUCGCUUCCCAAAUGCGGGGAUCCCGGCUGUGCAGGUGCGCUCGGUGAUCGUACCUCUCCAGUCAUACCAGAUACAGGGUGCACUGAUGCUGCAAUGAGAGAUCCCAUCAUGAAAUGUGAAUGUGUCAAGAGAGGAUUCGGCGGAAAAUUAGACAUUGAGGAGUGCCUCAGAAGAGGUUCCAUUAGCGAAGGGUCCAUCGAAAGACAUAACGCUGGUUGCAAACCUGGAUUCGUGACAAUGCAAGGAUCCAGCACCUGCAUCUGCGGCAAUGACGAAAAGUGGGCAUGCACUAACUUGUGUCAGCUCAAGCCAACAGGUAUUCGAUUGAAGCGAAGUCCCGAGAUUCCUCCGCGGCAACUCCACAAGAUGCGCUGCGUCGCUUCCGCACUGAAAGGAGGAGCUCGGCUUUUCGAGGAAAUAUUUUGUGUGCCAGGAACGACCUUCAUGAAGGACUGCAACAGAUGUUUCUGCAGGCAGUCCGGCACGAGUGCAUACUGCACCCUAAGUGACUGCUCCAGGGAACUACGUGCAAAUGUGGACUGCGAGGCAACUGCAACGCCAUUGAGCCAUCUGGAAACGGUGAAUGGGAAUUGUCCGCCAGGUACCACAUUUCGACGAAACUGUAAUCUGUGCUAUUGCUUGGAGGAUGGUACGUCAGCCGUAUGCGAGGGCCAAUCUUGUAAGGGCGUCAUAGGAAUGGAACUCCCGCUCAGUAAAGGUGGUGGAGGAGGUGGAGGUGGAAAUGGAGGAGGCGGUGGUGGAGGUGGAAAUGGAGGAGGCGGUGGUGGAGGUGGUGGUGGAGGUACUGGUGGAGGUGGAGGUGGAGGUGGAAAUGGAGGUGGCGGUGGUGGUGGAGGUUCUGGUGGAGGUGGAGGUGGAGGUGGAGUUGGAGGAGGAGGAGGAGGAGGAGGAGGUCUUGGCGGUGGUGGUGGUGGUGGUGGCAGCUGGGGUGGAGGUGGAGGUUGGGGCAACUGGACUGGUUGGAUUGGCUGGAGUGGUUGGAAUUGGGCUAGAUGUCAAGCUCGAAGCCUAUGUCUUUCUAAAAAUUAUGCAGUUCUGUUGAUGCAUAACUCCACUUGCUUACCAGGACAGGCUAUCUGCAGAGGCUCCAUUAUCUGCUAUUGCUUAGGAGAAGAUAGACUUGCCUUGUGCCUUGAACUGCUGUGUGGAUGUACAGUCACAGUGUCAGACGAGAAGCCAGAUUACGGCCCGCUAUUCCCUAAUAAGAUGAUGAGCAUUCACUUAACUCGUAAGGAAGUGGACUGCAACAAAUCACCCACAGUGUUUAAGAACGACUGCAACUACUGCGUUUGCGGGGAGACUAAGAAUUCAGCCCUGUGUACGGCCUGGAAUUGCCAAGCCGCCGAAACAGCUGUCGAACCUGCACAACGAGUGAAACGUACAGCACAGUUGGCAGGGCUGUGUCGACCAAAUUCGACGUUCAAGAGGGGCUGCAACAUAUGUCUCUGCAAUGCUUCUGGCAGUGCUGCCACCUGCACACGCAAAAACUGCCAAGGUGUCGGGAAAACAGCUGGAGAGCCGACAUCAGUCAACUGCACGCCGAAUUCAACGUUCAUGUACGGAUGCAACAUAUGUUAUUGCGGUGGAAAUGGAAAUGUGGUUGCCUGCACCCGCUCAGACUGCUCCAGACGCGGCUCUCGCGCUGGCGAAACUGGACAACGCGUGAAACGUGCAAUACAGUUGGCAGGGCUGUGUCGACCGAAUUCGACGUUCAGGAGGGGCUGCAACACAUGUCUCUGCAAUGCGGAAGGCAGUGCUUCCACCUGCACACCUAAAGACUGCGAAGCUAUCAGGACAACAACUGGCGAAACUGCACAACGAGUGAAACGUACAGCAGAGUUGGCAGGGCUGUGUCGACCGAAUUCGACGUUCAAGAGGGACUGCAACGCAUGUCUCUGCAAUGCUUUUGGCAGUGCUGCCACCUGCACACGCAAAAACUGCGAAGCUGUCGGGAAAACAGCUGGAGACUCGACAUCAAUUCGCUGUGCGCCGAAUUCAACGUUCAUGUACGGAUGCAACAUAUGUUAUUGCGGUGAAAAUGGAACUGUGGUUGCCUGCACCCGCUCAGACUGCUCCAGACGUGGCCCUCCCAUGUAAGACCUGUUGGAUGCCCAGAGUUGUCUGCUCAACAUACCGGCAAUGUCUAAGAGAGCUAUGGCGACUGGAACAUGGAAGACGGAGAUUAGUACGUGAUUUUUAUCUUUUCAGCAAUAUACGCUGUAUACUUCUGUAACAAAAAUAAAAAUAAAUUACUACUGACACAAAA